AUGGCCUUCGACUGGAAAUAUAGAACAAAUCCUGAGCGGAUCUUUCCAGUUCCAUUACCGGUGCGCUCGGCUCUUGUUGACGCCUUCGCACCCACAGAUGUCAAACAAAACAAGGAGAACUUCUUAUCGCAACAGGAAAAUAAGGACUGCUUGAUCCGCAUUUAUCUUGGUCGAAGACAAAGUCGACCAACAACUAACACAUUCAGACUCCGCAACUUCGACAUGACGGUUAAUGAGAUGGAAUUCUUGCGACUCGACACUGUACUGUACGCCGAGACUCUGGCGCAGACGUUAGCAAUUAUCCACUGGAAGGUGAAACUCGAUGCCAAUGAUGUGGAGUUCGUUUUCGGCAGUGCGCCCGCUGAAAAGAGACGACCUCUCGCCGCCGAACUGGAGGCCACAAGCAGGUUUGACGUGGGAAGGCUCGCUUCUGAAGUCGAUUUCAGACACCGAUCGAUCGGCCUUUGGCUCCUCGAUUUUGAUCAGUGCAAGGCUUUCCCGGAGGAUAUGGAUGGUGUCAAACAGCUCGAACGCGGCUUUUAUUUCAAUGACCCCUACUAUCCUCGUCCGGUCUCGGAGCACCCAAAGGACGUUAGAUUGUGGAAUGCCUUCAGGGAGAGCUACCUAAUCACGAGUGCUGCUUUUACGACGAGUGACAUGCCAAGUCAAUUCAUUGAUGCUGUUGAAGCAGAGGGAAGAAAGAGAAGACGUGGUGGUUCUAUAUUCCAGUAG